UGCCACGCUCCCAGGCAUUGACCUAAACAACAAGUCUCACAAUAAGAUGGGUAGUGUUCAGUCAGAACCAAAGCGACCUGCAUUCAACCAGUUGCCCUGUCGAAGCUGUGAUCCAAAAUACUCAGCUUGGGGUCUCUGGGGCGCCAAUGAUGAGUUGGGGACGCUGAAUCUACUCACGCCCGCCAUUGUCAAAGAUGCCGCGAAAGAGAUCAUCAUCGAAUCAUUGCCAAGGGUCAUGCCAAUGAUGAUGAGGUUAGUACGCUUUCCCCCACGCCUAAUUCAUCCAUCCAAUAUUGAUACACCUGGCAAUCAGCUCGACAUGAACACCCAGGGCUCUAGUCACUGGGAUGGCUUGCGGCAUUAUCCAUACCAAGACAGCCUAUUGUACUACAAUGGAGUAACUCAAGAUGACAUCUCGGGAGUUGCGGCAAAUACCAAAAUCGGUAUUCAAAACGUUGCAAGGCGAGGUAUUGUUGGACGAGGAGUCUUGCUCGACUGGGCUUCAUACGCCGCCGACAAAGGUAUCGAUACACAGUCUCCAUUCGACUCUUUCGAAAUUACCCUCCCACAAUUACAAGAAGUCGCGACAAAUCAAGCAGUCACUUUUCACACCGGUGAUAUUCUUCUCAUCCGCACAGGCUGGCUCAAGGCAUAUCGGAGUUUGAGCCAAGAGAGCCAAGCAGCACUACCUCGCCGUAAGGUGCGAACAUCCUGUGGUGUCCAGGCUUCAAAGGAGAUGAUACAAUGGCACUGGGAGAACCAAUUCGCUGCUGUUGCAAGUGACACUGUGGCUUACGAAGCCUGGCCUAGUCCACGACCAGCUGGUGUCGCUCUCCAUGAGGUCUUCCUCAGUGGUUGGGGUAUGCCCAUUGGCGAGAGUUUUGAUCUGGAGGCUUUGGCAGAGAAGUGCAAGGAACAAGGCCGUUGGUCAUUCUUCAUGACAAGUGUUCCUCUUGACAUUCCUGGGGGUAUUGCAAGCCCUCCAAAUUGUAUAGCGAUUAUGUAA